UCCUCUUCUCUCAAGAUGAAGUCUUUCGUGGUUCUCUGUGUUUUUGGCGUGGCUGCUUUGGCAAGUUUUGCAACUGGUUGUUCAGACCUUAAGUCAGGUUGUAGUUACUGGGCUGGCAAAGGAUACUGCAAAGGGAAAUAUGCAGGCUAUAUGUCCAAGAACUGCCAGAAGAGCUGUAAUCUUUGCAGCGGAUCAGGACCAGGACAGUGCGGAUACAAACCCAGUGUACGAAUUGUAGGUGGUACCGAGGCUCCUCACGGAGCUUGGUCGUGGCAGGCUCAAAUCAUGACAACCUAUGGCUUCCCAUUCUGUGGAGGAACCUUAGUUCAUCCACAGUGGGUUGUCACUGCUGCUCACUGUGUUCCGGGAAAAUCACCGAGUGACAUUCGCGUUAGACUUGGAGCUCAUAAGCGCAAGCAAAGCGUAGGAACAGAACAGUUAAUGGAGAUUGAAAAGAUCAUCUCACAUCAGAGCUAUAGAAGACCUUAUGGCAUGGCUCAUGAUAUCGCCAUGAUAAAACUGGCCAAACCUGCUCGGAUCGGCAAGUAUGUCAACUUGGCCUGCAUGCCUGGAUCAAGUGGAAGUGUUGCAGAUGGCAAGGAAUGCUGGGUUACAGGAUUUGGAAGACUGUCGUCAGGCGGUAGUUCUCCAGACGUCCUCCAACAAGUUAAAGUCCCAAUCGUGUCUGACUCUAGAUGCAGACGAGCGUACGGCUCAUCAAUUCACGACUCCAUGAUCUGUGCUGGACUGGACCAAGGAGGCAAGGACUCUUGCCAGGGAGAUUCUGGAGGGCCUAUGGUAUGUGAAGCUGGCGGAAAGUUCUUCCUAGAGGGUGUCGUGUCGUGGGGUAUCGGAUGCGCCGCUCCAGGAAAAUAUGGUGUCUACGCCCGAGUCCGCUACUUGAGGAAAUGGAUUGAUGAAACAAUGAAUGCAUAUUAA